CUUGCCAGCCAGUGUGUGAAGUCAACAAAGGAGCCGACGAGUGAAUCGUUUGUGAAUUUUUUUGACACGUUUCCUUCAAGUUGUUUGUUUAUUGUUUGUGAUUUCCAAGUUAGCGAGAUAGUCUGCUGUGAGUUAUUGCAUAUUACCACCCAUCCCCAGUAAGGAGAGAUGCAAUCGUCAAUGACGUAGAUUCAGAGAGAGAGAGAGAGAAGGCAGAGCUGCGUUCAAGGAAACCCUCCUCCUCCAAGCACACGCGAAAGCAUUUGUCAGCUUUAUCUUCUUAAGCGAGCUCCACUAUUAUCCUUUGUCUCGGUGUAUCAGACAUCGCAUUUCAAUGGGUCUGAGUAAGCCGUCGCUCGUGUUAAAAAUCGGAAGCGAGUCUUGGCCGCUGUGUGAAGUGCAUGUCUACAAAACUAAUAGUAACCGUUCUGUGUUGGUGAGGUUGUGGAAUAUCGUUGGCGCCGAUAUCUCGACGAAAAAGUUAUAAAACAACCCCGUAGGUUUCCCCAGCGAGUAAACCUGCAUCUGAGAGCAUUCAAAUCGACGAGAAACAAAGCUUUUUUUCCCUUUUUCCUGGUAAAUUCACACCAGAAUCCACUUAGAUGCUAGCCAACCAGUUGAAGACGACGCGGGAGUACUGGGAAGAAGAAAAGGAGAAGAUGAGUCUAGCCAGGAAUGAGAUGGACAUAGAAAACGGGUCGCAAGUCACUCUCCUGACGCCCCUGACUACCGCGAACAGCUACACCACUCUUUCGGAGCCCCUCUCUCCCGUGAGGGGUCCGCCCCCCCAGCAGGCUACGCAUUCGGUGAUCGUGCCGAAUUCGGCUGUCCUACACCAGCAAGGAGGCCAGCAGAUAUGCACCAUCUCCAUCCCGUCCGGGAACCUCCUCGACCCCAUCCUGGGGCACUCAGGGGGCGGAGACAGGGCCGCCCCUCCGCCACACGACGAGGACAAAGCCGGGUUGAACCAGACCUCGUCGGGAUUGGCGUGCACCAUCUGCGGGGACAGAGCCACGGGAAAGCACUAUGGGGCUCACUCCUGCGACGGCUGCAAGGGCUUCUUCCGUCGCUCCGUCAGGAAGAACCACAGCUACAGCUGCAGGUUCAACAGAGGCUGCACAGUCGACAAGGACAAGAGGAACCAAUGUCGUUACUGCAGGCUGAGGAAGUGCAUAAGGGCGGGAAUGAAGAAAGAAGCGGUACAAAAUGAGAGAGACAGGAUCAGUACACGACGUCCCAGCUAUGACGAAUCGGCGCUGAACAGCGGAAUCUCUCUGUCUGCCAUCCUCAAUGCAGAAAACUAUUCCAGACAGUUCACACCAGCCUUCGGCGAAAUCAGCGUGAUGAACAAGAAGGUCGCCGGAGUGAUGGACGUGUGCGACAGCAUGAAACAGCAGCUGCUGGUCCUUGUCGACUGGGCCAAAUACAUCCCUGCUUUCUGUGACCUCGUCCUGGAUGACCAAGUGGCGCUCCUACGUGCACACGCUGGCGAGCACUUGAUCCUCGGGGCUGCAUAUCGUUCCAUGAACCUGACCGACAUGAUUCUCCUGGGUAAUGACUGCGUCAUCCUCAGAAAUUCUUCAGUUGAACUGGAGAUCACGCGGAUAGGACACCGCAUCAUGGACGAAUUGAUCCUCCCGCUCAGACAAGCCAACAUGGACGGCCACGAAUACGCCUGUCUGAAAACAAUCGUCUUCUUCGACCCGGUCAUAAGAGGUCUGCACAACGUGGAGAAGGUGAAGAGCCUACGCCACCGAGUCCAGCUCCUUCUGGAAGAUUACAUCAACGACAGGCAGUACGAACCUCGUGGUCGAUUCGGCGAGAUGCUGCUCACGCUCCCCGCCCUCCAGUCCAUCACUUGGCAGAUGAUCGAGCAGAUCCAGUUCGCAAAGUUGUUCGGCGGUGCCAAGAUCGACAACCUCCUGCAGGAGAUGCUUCUCGGUGGUACAGGCAAUGACGGCCCAAACGGCAUGUCCGGAAACAACGCCUCGUCCGGCGGGUAUGGAGGAGGAGACGGCGGCAUAGGAAUAGGUGUUCCCGCCCCGCCCCCUGGUGGCACAGGCCUGCCAAUACCUCUCGGUGCAGCUACAGCAGCCAGCGGAGGAAUGGCCCUCUGCCUGAGCUCCAGUGACAUCAAUCGAGGGACGUACGGUGGCGGCUUAGGCCUAGAAGGCGUAACCUUGGGAGGGACGUGUGACGACGGUGGUGACAGAGAUGGAGACGAGGCCAAGACCUUCUUGGGAUCUGCGUCACCGAUCUCCUCCCAUUGUCUGUCUCCCUACAGCGGGAGCGAAGGGAGUAAUAGCCACAUGAGCGUCAUUAUGCGGGACGUUACGAAGGAGGCUAACAUCCAACUGACGCCUCUCAAGAACUUCAAGCAGGAGAAUUCGGACUCUGGGUAAAUGUUCGUCGUACGUAUGUUAUUUAAGGUGCAAUAUAUUUUUAAAGUGACUGAUUGUAAAAGAAAGAAAGGAGAAGAAGAAGACGAAAGAAUUGCUGUGGUUACAGUCAAGAGAAGAAGAAGAAGAAAAAUAAUUGCUGUGGUAACAGUCAAGAGUAGAAGAAGAAGAAGAAAAGAAUUGCUGUGGUUUCAGUGAAGACUAGAAGAAGAAGAAGAAGAAGAAGAAAAGAAUUGCUGUGGUAACAGUCAAGAGUAGAAGAAGAAGAAGAAGAAAAAGAAAAGAAUUGCUGUGGUAACAGUCAAGAGUAGAAGAAGAAGAAGAAGAAGAAAAAGAAAGAAUUGCUGUGGUUACAGUCAAGAGUAAAACCAAACAAACGACUGGAGAAUUUACUGUUUACAGAUGUAAUUUGUGAAAUUGGUUAGUGAGUAGAAAAAAAAUGGGACUACGUAGACUAUCGACUGAGAGAGUUUGUGAAAGCGUUGACGUAGCAGUUCUUGUUAACUUGUUGAAUGGAUUUGAAAGUUUAUUUUUAAAGUUUCGCAUCUUUUAACAGAAAUGAAAGACUUCCAAGAGUUGUAGUAUAUAAACACUGAAUGUACAAAUGCCAUAGGUGGUUCUGCCUUCCAAUGUGAUAUGUGUUCAACGUGUAAUGUAUUCAGUCAUCAUCUGGAACUGCAAUGUGAAUGUUGUGUAUUGCUUGUUAUGACACUUUUUUUUUAUUAUAAUGGAAUAGACAUUUGUUACUGUUGGAAUGAUAAAACCGGUGUUUUUGUA